GUCCCAGUCCCAUCCCCGCUACUCCAGCACACGUGAUCACCGCCGCCGCCUGCUACCCGCACCAUGGCCCAGUCACUGCCUCGGCUAUCUGUUCCCGCGGUGCUGGCCCUGGGCUCUGCUGCACUGGGCGCCGCCUUCGCCACUGGUCUGUUGCUGGGGAGACGGUGGCCUCCGUGGGGGUCCAGACGACAACAGCGCCUGCUGCCACCCGAGGACAGUCCCCUGUGGCAGUAUCUGCUGAGCCGCUCCAUGCGGGAGCACCCGGCGCUGCGGAGCCUGCGACUGCUGACCCUGAAGCAGCCGCAUGGGGAUUCCAUGAUGACCUGUGAGCAGGCCCAACUUCUGGCCAACCUGGCGCGGCUCAUCAAGGCCAAGAAAGCUCUGGACCUGGGUACUUUCACGGGCUACUCCGCCCUGGCGCUAGCCCUGGCGCUUCCCGAGGCUGGCCGUGUGGUAACCUGCGAAGUGGACACGGAGCCCCCGGAACUAGGGCGGCCCCUGUGGAAGCAGGCCGAAGCAGAGCACAAGAUCGACCUUCGGCUGCAGCCCGCCCUGCAGACUUUAGAUGAGCUCCUGGCGGCGGGCGAGGCCGGAACCUUCGAUGUAGCGGUGGUGGACGCGGACAAGGAGAACUGCAGCGCCUACUAUGAACGCUGCCUGCAGCUGCUACGCCCUGGAGGCGUACUCGCCGUGCUCAGAGUCCUGUGGUGCGGAGAGGUGCUGCAGCCUAAACCCAGGGACAAGGCUGCUGAGUGCGUGCGGAACCUGAAUGAGCGCAUCCUGCGAGACGCCAGGGUCUACAUCAGCCUCCUGCCCCUGGGUGACGGGCUCUCCUUAGUCUUCAAGAUCUAAGGAGAACCCCAGCCAGUGACCCUAAUUUUAAACCUGAUAAUUUUUAAACCUGAUAAUAAAAGGACUAGGACACACCA